AUGGAGAUGAAACAUAAGAAGCACACCUAUUCUAAAAGAGAUAAAAUAAACGAAAUAGAGAAGAAAUGUGAAGAAAGUUUGAAUGAAAUACUUAGGUCGGCAAAUGAAGUUAGCGAAAUUUCUAAAAAAGCAGAACUAGAAUUGGAGCACCAAACGGAGCAAAUAAAACACAUAAAUAAAGAAACAGAUAACAUUCAAGAAAGACUAAAACAAAGUCAAUAUCAUUUAGAAGGAAUAAAACAUUGGUGGAAAAAUAUAAAUUCGUUCCUAGGAUUUCAAACCACUGACAACAAUGAAAAUAUCAAAAUAGAUAAUCCAAUAAAUAAUGAAAUCGAAAAAAAAAAAAAUAAUUAUGAGAAAACUCUUAACCGAGCAUAUGCAGAUCGAUUGGAUGAAAAAAACAUAACACAAAGAAAAGGGUCAUUCGAUGAUAAAUAUGAACGUGAUUUAACUACAUUGUCUUCUAUGUUGGAUGAACUUCACACUAGGGCAUUAGUUAUGGGGAAUACAAUAAAUGAGCAAAAUAUAAUGCUAAAUAGCGUAAAUGAAAAAAUGGAAAAUAACAUCGAGAAAAUUCGGGAUCAGCAAAAAUUGAUGAAAGAAAUAAUGAAAAGAUAA